AUGUUAUAUAUUAUUCUAGCAUUGGUCGCAUCACUUGCACUUUUUAUAACUACUCGUAAGACUUCCUAUAGCUUAAAGAAUAAGCAUGUAGUUGUAUUUGGAGGUUCCAGUGGUAUUGGUAAACAAUUGGUUUACUCAUUACUUGAAGCCAACGUCUUAAAGGUUACAAUCGUAUCUAGAAGUACUCAAAAGAUGCAAGAAGUAAUAGAUGAAGCUCAAGAAAAAUAUAAAGAUAAAUUAUUUAUGCAUGCAUGUGAUAUCACAAAGAAAGAAUUGGUAAAAUCAACAGUUUCAGAAAUCAUCAAACAAAGUGGAAGAAUCGAUUGCUUAGUUAAUUGUGCUGGUUUGGCAGUACCAGGAUAUUUCAUUGAACAGGAUGAAGAUAUCUUCGAAUCGACAAUGCAACUCGAUUACUUUGGUUCGUUAUACACAACCAAGGCAGUGGUUCCACAUAUGAUUGAGAAUGGUGGAGGUCACAUUGUUUUCGUAUCUUCGACCUGUGGUGUUGUCGGUGUGCCAGGCUAUACCACCUACUGUCCAGCCAAGUAUGCGAUUGUCGGUCUUUGCCAAACACUUCGUAGUGAGUUACUUCCAUACAACAUUGGAUUCUCAAUGGUCUAUCCACCAGAUACCGAUACUCCAGGUUAUGCUCAAGAAAACUUAACAAAACCAGAGGAAACCAGAAUUAUUUCAGGUGGUGGAAAAGCUGUUUCACCAAGAGUUGUUUCCGAUGCCAUCGUUAAGGGUGUUGAAAACGGAGAUUAUCACAUCGCUGUAGAUAUUCCAACAAAGUUAUGUGUUAUUUUGUCAUCCGGUCUAACACCAUUCUAUUUCCCAUUUUUCGAUAUUAUAAUGGCACCAAUUUGCAAGUUGGUUGGUAUCAUUGCUAUGAAACAAAACGAUGGUGUUGUAAUGUCCACUUGGAAGAAUAAAAAUAAAGCAAAGAAUUAA